CACACGAGUUGAUCCAAAUUCCUAAGACCAGUGUUGUCUAAUAACUAUAAAAAAUCAACAGCGUCACUCAUCGGCUUUACGGGAACGCUUUACCGCUGUUUAUUUAAAUUUGGCAUUUUAUACGCGAGAUCAGUGCGUGUGGAAGACACGUGAGAUUCACGAACAAGCAGGAAUUCAACACUUCUGGCUUUUAAAAAAAUCCCUAAGAUCGUUUUUAGGAAUCUUCUCGAAGUUCCAAACAACAUGGGACAGCAUGGCUCCAAAUCCUCCAUUGAAUCCCGGGCGAUUUUUCAGAGCGAUGGCGCAGCCGACAUGUAUCAGAAAGCGGACACAUGCUCUACCCCAGGCUCAGUCGUCCGCUUUCAGAAGAGGGUGACCAAUCACUCUUCCCCCCGGACAAGGGAGAAGUCAGAACUCGACUCUUGGCCCCUGAGUCGCCGUGACACCGGAGGACUGGUGUAUGUGAUGGAUAACCCAACCGGCGGGGUGUGGGUGAAGCCGGAGGAGAAAUGGUCCAGAUCUUGAUACAAAAAACUGAAAUACAAAUGAUUUAAUCAGUGGAAUCAGUUAAACAUCUUACAGAGUAGCAGAUGUUGAUUUAUCUUCCUGCUGUGAGGUGAGCUUCCACUGUGCCCACCCGCACUGCAGUGAGGUGGAUUCAAUCGAUCUUCACCAUACCAAGGAUUUGGCUGGACGGAUCAUUGAGAUGCACGGAUUUUCUUUAUUCUGUUUACAUGUUCAGUGUUAGAAUGAGAUGGUGAUGGUGAGAGGAGGUGAUUAGCCACCGAGUCUAUGUCUUUGGGUGCUCUAUUAUUCUGAAUUAUGUGAAGCAGAGUAAACAAAGGGAAGGGGCCUGGCUGUAGUGCGUUGGUCGAUGGUGUCAUGGUGAAACCUGCACCCUACCAAUGGCUGACCAACCUUUAUUGAUUUUGUCCCACUUUCCCUUUUUUUAUUUGACUUUUAUUUCUGUUUAUUAUAAUUACGCAUGUAUGUGCUAUACAACAUACACGCGUAUUAAAAUACAAUAUUUUAAAAUAACGAUAGCAUUUUGGAUGUGAUGGAGUGACCUUGAUUUAGGACAGAAUGUCCACAAGGGGUAAAAGCAAGAUGUGCGUGACGUGACCUCAAGUUUAUGAUGUUUGGCUGCUUCUGGUUUUCUAGAAGCAUUGGAAACUUGGAGUAGAUUUUUUUUAAUGUGCAUGUCAGCGUGGAAACAUUCAUCUCAUAUUUAACACGGCUGACAAGCCAGUGUAGAAGUUAGUUCGAAUACACGAACUAUGUGUAUGCAAACAGGAGCUUCAACGUUUUAUUUAUUUAUUUAAGUUUUUUUAAGUGUCACUUAUUUAAUUUCGUGAUUGGACAUGUGAUUCAAAUUUCGAAAUGUUGUAACAGUUUGAGUCGUCGCAGUCACUAAGGCACCUUCCACUACGGUCCUUCUUAACUUUAACUGGUUUGGUGUAAUUGGCUAUUAUUUAGUUUUUAACAUUUAAGUCUGUUUGAGCACCCGGUUUUGUUCUCAGUGCGCCUAUGACACUUUUACGAAUGCACAUUAGUCAGUCUGAUAUCUUCUGAUAACAAACAUAAAGUGAUGGAAUAAAUGACCAAUAAAAGUGUAACUGGGGAACAGGAAACUUUGCCCUCUGGUGUGACGCCUUAUCGGAACACAGUGCCUUAGCAGGGAACUAAUGGCUUAUCCAUUAAACCUCGGUAAACGCACUAAGCAAACACCGCGUCAGAAGGGCACAGUGCGGAGGAUGUGACUGUCGCACGUCAGUUAACAGCCUUUGUAUCUGUGCUUCACCAUGGGAUCAUGGGUUUCCAAACCUCAAGUGCAAGUUCUUCUGCUGGGUCUGGACAACGCUGGAAAAUCGACUCUCCUCUACAAACUGAAGCACAACACUUGUGUCAGCACCGUCCCUACUAUCGGCUUCAACGUGGAAAUGCUCGAGGCCAGAAAGAACAGGAAAAAAAUUUCUAUAACGAUCUGGGAUGUCGGCGGUCAAGGGAAGAUGCGCGACCACUGGCCGAAUUUCUACCAGAACGCUGGAGCUGUCGUGUUCGUCGUGGACAGCGCCGACCAUGAGCGCCUGAACGAGGCGCAAAGUGAGCUGGAAAGAACUCUGAGAAAUGAUGAGCUCCGGGGCCGUCCGCUGAUUCUUCUCGCCAACAAACAGGACGUCGACGGCGCGCUGAAUGUCACUGAAAUGAAGGACAAAUUCAAUAUGAGAAAGAUCUGCCAGGAGCGGGAUUGUUUCGUUCAGCCAUGCUCUGCGUCGACGGGAUUUGGAGUUGAGGAGGCCUUUAAACGAGUGGUCCAAGUGGUCAAACUCUCGUCAGAGCCCGGUGCAGUGAAAGACAAUAUCAGGGAUACAGUGCACUACCUCAGAACAAACAGCAAACAUUAACAUUUAUUUAUAAGCAAUGUGUUAUUUGACAAUAUGACGAAUGAGCUCUUACACUAACAUCUGCUUUAAUUCCUUUAUAUCAACAAUAAAUCGUAUUUAAAGAAAUGCCAUGUUUUGGUUACAUUUCUAUGAUUCUUACGCCCACGGAGACAUGCACUAAUCAUAUAAACAGGUAAGCUGUUUAUUGGGUGUGCAUUUAGAAAUUGUAUCACUGCAUAUUCAUAUCGCCUUUUAAUUAUUAAACGCAAUUCUCUUAUCUCACAGUCGUGUAUCUCACUGACAGCAUCGUCAACCCAGGGGAAAAGCGCAACAAAGACAAGUGCAAAUAGGUUUGGAUGAUUUAGUUGUGUUGCACUGACUCUCGGUUGUAAACCGUCUCCUUUGGCUAGUGUUUCAUUUCACUUAUGUAAGAAAUUAUAGAUGCUGAUAAUCCACUGAUUAGCUUUCCGCUUUCUAAAUGGCUACUCUGCAAAAACAUUAUCUAAAUGUGGUAAAUUCUAACUGUAAUCAUUUUACUAGGCUGUAUCAGAGUCUGACUAAUUAAAGAGCAGAUACUGUAGGCUUGGCAAACCCAAAA